AGGAAGUUUCGACAUCGUUCCGAUAACGUCAAAACAUAACAGCUGACUUUCCAUCACAUUUAUUUGUCCGUAUUGCAGCGAUCAGUUUCGAUAGCAUCCUUUGAACUAUGUCCGCAACUAUGGAGGAAGAGUCGGAACAGCAGCUGGUUCCCCAGCACCACCGUAAGAAGAAAAACGUCUCGUUGCCGCUGCACAAGUUACUGAGCGAAUUCGAAAUUUUGAAGAUAAAGGAGGCGUUCGAAAGGCAGGACGGAAGAAAGCUCAACGCCGAGUUAUUGAGGGACACGUUGGACCGAGUGGCGCAGAUCCACUACGAUGAUUCUUCGGUUUACGAUAUUAUUUUCAGAAAAAUGAACACCGCUUGCAACGGCGUUGUGACGUGGAACGAGUUCAUUUCGUAUUUAAUUCUGGGAUACGAACAGGAAGAAGUCAGCUUAGUUUACAAAACACUCGAUGCGCCUAUACCAGUUUCAGCGUUAGUCCAGAAAACUUGCCAUAGACACAGCAUAAACAGAAUUCGAUUCUUCCCCACUGUGAAACCGGAUAGAUCGACCUCGUGGCACGACGGUAGCAUAAUCAGCAGCAGCCUGGACGGCUCCAUAAACUACUGGUCGUUGGAUUUGCAAUUGCAGCGCAAGGCCCAAUCGACCUGUCCCUAUCUCACCAUCCAAUCGACCUACAUCACGGACAUGGUGGUGCUGCCGGACGUCGGCGUCAUAUGCACCAGCAGCACCGAGAGAGACCUGAGGUUCUACGACACGUCGGCGAGGAAGUUCGAAUUGAGGGUGAUGAUCGUGUCGUGUCCGAACGCCGUCAAUACCAUGUAUUACACGUUCGAUACGGACAUCAAGGUGCCGUCGAAGUUGGUGUGCGGCGAUCUAUCCGGGAGUAUCGUGCUGUUUCUGAUAGAUUCCGAGGCGAGGGGGCCCUUUAAAAGCCAGCCGGGUCUGUCCCUUCGCGCGUCCACCUACAAAAACGUGCUGAAAAAUUGGAUACCAGGAAUGAAAGUGCUGGAAAUAGACAACAUUCACACGGACAUCGUACGAUCCGUUUACUACUAUUCGAAUUUGCACAGCGUGGUGUCCUGCGCCCAAUGCUACAAAGCCGUACAGAUUACCGACAUUUUGGAUUUCAACAAGUGUUAUUCGUUCAAAAUAUUCGGUGGCGUUUGGAGUUUCGCCGUAAGCGAAGAAAAACACAUACUGGCGACGGGCGGGCCGGAUUGCCUGGUGCGCCUGUGGAACCCGUUCGUGCCGAUGCGAGCCACGUGCAUAUUCUACGGCCACCACACGGGCAUCGUGCAGAUGGUGUUCCAGGACAACGGCGAGAAGCUGUACACGCUGUCCAAGGACAAGUGCAUCAAGGUGUGGGACGUGGCCGCCCAGGAGUUGCUGCAAACCUACUUGGGACUGCCGCUCAUUUUGGGCGAGAACCUGACCAGCCUCUACAAUCCGGAGAGCAGGCAAUGGAUCAUCGCCAGCCAUUUGAUCGCCACCAUACCGCUGUCUCCUAAGCAAAGCUCCGAGCACACCGAUGGCAAUACGCACACCAGCGGGGUGUCCGUUAUUUUGUUCAAUAAAUUGUUUCAGUGCAUCGUUAGCUGCGGACUGGAUAGUUACAUAAUCGUAUGGGAACCUUGGGAUGGAAGGAGGCUUUUAGUCAUUAGAGAUGCGCAUACAGUUAUCCUCCACGGGGAAAAGUUGCCUGUUGAAAUAACAGCUGCGACUUUUGAUCCAGGUUGGCAAAGACUGCUGACCGGAGCUCACGACGGUACUUUAAAAAUAUGGAACUUCAAUACGGGAACGUGCCUGAGAAAUUUGUCGAUAGAACCAUUCAACGAAGUUCAGUCAGUCGUUUGGGUGAAGGGGAGAAUUUUGGCCAGCGGAUGGAACCGGAGAAUAACCGAGUUCGCUGAUACCAAUGAAACCGAAGGACCCAGUGGAGCAUAUUGUAAAAAUUGGGAUCUUCGCCAUGCAGAAGACAUAUGCACGGCGGUAAUCAGACUGCCGGAGUCCCUCGCAACCGGCUCCUACGACGGGGAAAUGAUCCUCUGGAGAUUGGAGACGGGCCAGCCGUACAAGAAAUUCAACGUUCAAAACCCCCACGUCAGAAUCAAGCUCUUCUACCAGCUCCAAUCGAAGGCCAAAGCGGACGAUCACGCAGAAAUAUCACCCAGCACCACCGGAGAUAUAGCAUACCAUCGACCGUCCACGGUGUCUUCCAGGAGCCUCAAAUUUCGAAGGGUCUCGUCCGUCGCCAUGCCGGACGAGGUGACCAGUUUGAAAAAAUUGGCGGUGCACUGCAUGAUGUUCUUGAACGCCAGGAAAACCGGUGAUAUAGAGACGGGAACCUUGCUGGUGGCGCUCGAAAACGGCUACGUGCAAGUGUGGAACCACAUGGACGCUGGAGGGUUCAUUACCUCUUUUCUGGCCAUACACAAAGCGGGAGAUUAUGUCAUUACGAUGACUUCAGAUAUAAAUAACGAGUUCGUUAUUAUGGGAACGACCAGUGGCUACAUCAAAACGUUCCUGCUGAAGAAUUACUGCGUGCCCGAAAGCGAAAAGGAGCACAUUUGCAUGCCGAAAUACCGGCUGAAGUUCCCGUUCAUGUGGGGCGACAGGAUCCUGGGGCGAGCGCAGAGGAUGAUCAAGCGGCAACCGUUCCCGGUGUUGCUGAACAGCUACAAGGGUCACUUUAUGCCCGUCUCCGGGCUCACUUACAUCGACAAGUGCGAAAUCAUCGUGAGCUGCAGCGCGGAUUUCAGUUGCCGAAUGUGGACGAUAGGCGGUAGGUAUUUGCAAACGCUCGGUACAUUCAAGCAAUGGAAACCGCUGAAUCCGAAUUGCCCGGUCGAUCCGGAAACUACGCAAUUCGCCGUGCCUCCCGAUGUGAAUAGAGUGGCGAGUUCCACUACAUUAAGGGUACUGAUGGGUGGUAGUCUACCUAAACGUUUGACCAUCAAGCAGUACAAGCAGCUGCAGAAGAAGGAAAGGAUCAAAGUUGACGCCACUAAAAUUUACGGUACGGCGCUGAAUCCGCCCUAUCUAGGGCAUCAUUAUGCUAUCCCUAAACGAUACACCAGGCCCAAAUCGGUUAAAUUCAAUACGGACUUCCUUUACGUGCCUGUAUAUGGUCAUUUAAUAACGCCACCUCCAGUGCCUGUGACGAAAAAUAACAGAGUGUUUCAAGAAGAUCUUAUUGAUUAACGCAUAUUCCUUUUGUGUAUGUGUUUUGAUACUGUAAAAUUUACUUUAUAUUAUAUGCAAAAUAAAC